AUGUUGCAGACAGACACAGGUAGUAGUGAAGUACCAGAGCUACAGCUCGGCGAGGCCAUGAAGAGCUCUUCAGUUGCACCAAGCCUGAAACAGGAGCAAGGAGAUGCUAGCAAACUGCAGGAAGGUGUCCUCAACAACCUUGAGCUUAGGCUUGGCAUCUCUUCAGACAAUGGCCUGAGUAGUGGUGGUGGUGGUGCUACUACUCCAUGGCUUGGUGUUGGAGUGCACCCUUGGAGCCUGUCCGCCAGGCAAGACAAGGCGGCCCUGGAACAACCUCAGGAGAGGCCUAAUGAGUGUCCUGCCCACAGAGAAGAUCGCCCUCAACUGGUCGGAUGGCCACCGGUGCGCACAUUCCGCAAGAACCUGUCCGCCACAUCCACAAGGCCUGCAUAUUCUGAAGACCUGAGUAAAGUGGAACACUGCUAUGAAGAAGAAGACCAUGGAAACAUAAACACUGGAGUUGCAGUACAAGAGAGGCCGGCCAUGUUCGUGAAGGUGAACCUGGAAGGGUACGCCGUUGGGAGAAAGAUUGACCUGAAUGCACACCGCGGCUACGGUUCGCUGUCUGGUGCUCUGCAGAGCAUGUUCCAUGGCUUCUUGUCAGAUGGCCACGGGAGGAUUGCAACCAGAGGGGGUGAAGAGCAGCUGGAAUAUCACAAGGGCAAGGGCACGAUGAAGAACUACAUCCUUCUGUACGAGGACAACGAGGGCGACCGCAUGCUCGUCGGCGACGUUCCAUGGGAGCUGUUCGUCGCUUCGGUAAAGAGGCUCUACAUUGCCAGGGACCCUAGAGCUGACAAAAGCAAUAAGAAGUAG